AUGCCCCGCCACAAUCUGGUGCCAGUCACAGACGAGCAGCAUGUAGAGGACGAGCCAGCCAAGGGCAGUGAUGGCAUUAAUAGCAGAGAGGACUCUGCUAAGGUGUCAGCGUGCAAGUCGACCACCCAUGACCACAAGGCUGGCACCCGAGAGUUGCAUCUAAGGACGGCAGUGUGUACAAGGCACACCAGUGUGCACCAGGACUGCCUUAUGAAAGGUGAUCCAGAUGCCUACUUCGGAAAGAAUCUCCUCUCCAUUCCGUGCUUGCUUGGCUGGAAAAGGCACAUUGUGAAGCAGAGCAAGAAAAGCAAGUGGAGAGUCGUCUACAUUGCACCUUGCAGGAGGUGGUUAAGAGACAUCACCGAAGUUGCUGACUAUUUGAACCUCUGCAAGCCACUCCUGACUGUUGAUCUCUUCCGCUUUGACAGCCUUGUCAAUGUUUUCUGUGAAUUUGUGCCUGAGACGGUGAAGACCUUUGUUGAAGACAUCGCCUAUGGCUAGGAGCAGGUACGUUUCCAUCACCC